AUGAGUUCAGGGGGCGCGCAGAACAGCUUGCUGAAGCUGUUGGAUUUGAGUCAGUGUGAGUGUCGAAACGAAGCCGCUGCAAAUUCCCUACUUGGCCUCUUGCAAAACCAAGAAAAGAAAACAGAAAGCGCAGCGGUGCUGGAGUCUGGCAAUGAAGAUCCGCAGCUAUUCAUUUCAGUGGGCUUCUCGGUGCCAGUGCGGCUGACGGGGCUGCGGCUACAAACCCCCAAAGGAGCUGUUGCUGCUGGGGAGGCCCCCAGGCGUCUUCAGACCGACCCUGCAACAGAUGAAUUUGUAGGCCACAUGGCUGCUGAGCGGCGCAGGCGCAGUUUGCGAGACAGACAGAAGGAGCUACCGGAAGAUGAGUCGCUGGAGGCUGGGCUGACGCUGCCUCUGAAGUCUGUGCGGUACAAGGGGGUUGCCUCUCUGCAAGUGUUUGUUGCGGACAAUGGGGGGGCCCCCGUAACAAAGAUAUCGCAGCUCGAAGUCUACGGCACGCCGGUAGACAGUCUCCAGAUGAAGGACUGGAAGCCUUUGAAGCCUGAAGAGAGUUUGGCUCAGAACGACACCUAA